GCUGAUGACGCCCAGCCGGCAUUUUGGCGGCCUUGUUUACAAAUAAAAUUUGUUUUGCUAAUUAAUCUUGAAAUAAACAUGUCCUGAAUGGCGCUCGAAUUGGAAAACAUCACAAAUUGCUUUCUACAACAAUUGGUUGAUCAGGUCUUUGAAGUACAUCGAAAUCAAGCGGAGAGCAACAGUCUAACAAAAGAACAACGCGGGCAGUUGCUUUACGAUUUAUCCAUUUUACUGGGCGAGGAACUGGUUUUACGAUCCCUUCAACUCUUGGAUGACUAUAGCUUCGCCUUCUUCUACGCCAAAAACAAUCGAAAUAUUUCCGUGGUGGAGCUUUCCAAAGGAUUGGAGUAUUUCCGCGUAAUUCCGAGGAUAAACUACUGCAAGUGCGAGUUCUUCCAGUGCCACGUGCUGCAGCUGCCCAAAGGACUCCUCUACCACGACCUUCCCCCUGGUGAAGUGGGAAUUCUGGAGGAUUGGAGCGAGGAGAGUCGGGUGUCCUUCACCUGCCAGCACGUCCUGGCACUGCGACUCCACCAAUUGCUAAGGCCCACGGGCAGAAAAACCUCGGAGCAGGUCCUCAAAAAGGAGGAGCUCAAGGAGCUGCAGAGGCACAUCUUCCGGGACUAGGAUGGCCGAAGAGACGCAAUCGCCCUACG